AUUCUACAAAUGUAAUGUUCGCGUGAAAUCUCACACAUUUAGGUUCUCAGUAAAACCAAUACAAACAGGUCGUGUGAUACCGGUUCGGUUAUAUUUGCAUAUACUGUUUCAGCGAGCGCGCAUUCAGUCCUUAUAGCGACAAACUGACGUCACCACAGCGCUCACCUGCAAUAAAAGAUUUCGAAAGCAGAGGAGGACAAUAAAUAACGCAUGUGUCACAGAUCUAGUAUCGAGCCAGGAUAUACACAUAUGUCGCCAUGGACUGGAGUUACUGGAUGUGUAGCAUCACCUGUCUGAUGGUACAAGUAUAUAUCAGCCUCCACGCUACCGCAGCUACACAGUGUAAUCAGAAUCUAACCGCAGUGGUUGACAAGCAGCUUCUAACCUCACCAGGCUAUCCUAUCAAAUAUGACAAAUCACUGACCUGCUGGUGGCGUCUCAGUUCAUCCAACUCUACCCAGAAUGUCAUCCUGGAAACAGUGGACUUGAUGAUACAACCGUCCAGCGGCUGUGUUGACGAUUCCCUUAUCAUCUAUGACGGUGACUCCAACUCUGCCAACAAGCUACACACGUUAUGUGGAGACAGUCGUGUGUUUGUGACCUCAUCUGGACGGAACAUGUACCUUGAAUUUCGUUCCAACAGUAUUCUGGAGACAAGAGGCUUCCAGUUCCGAUACUACCAUGGAGACAAAGCAUCACCAUGCACGUUUACGUACACCGCAACACGUGAUAAGCAGGUUUUCAACACACCUGGAUACCCCGAUUCCUAUUUCAAUGCUUUAUCAUGUGAAUACUCAAUUCAAGCCUGGGAUGCGAAUCACAGACUGCAGGUGGACUUUACAGACACGGACAUUCAGUCAUCACAAACAUGUGGCUAUGAUAAAGUAACCGUAGCGGAUAUAGCUUCAGGAGGCGCAGUUCAAACACUAUCUACGAUCUGUGGCAGGCGGACUUCCAGCUAUCAAAGUGGAGGCAGCAGCAUGAAGAUCACAUUCACCUCGGAUGCGUCGAAGGUCAAUAAAGGAUUUUCCGCUCAAUACAAGAGUGUGCCGAGGGAAGACUGUUUACUAAGUCUACUGGCGACGGAUAUGGAUUCAUAUAUUCUGUCACCAGGGUACCCGACUCAAUACUAUAGGAACCUGAACUGCAGAUGGAAUAUCUUUGCUGCGGAUAACGAUGCUGUGAUCGAACUGGUUACUAUGACCUCCAACAUAUCCGACACUUCCCCAUCUUGCAGCGGUGACAGAGUGUCUGUGACGAACUCUAAUAAGACAGAACUUGGGACAUUCUGUGGAACAAACACACCUAGGUUUGAGAGUACAGGACCAAACAUGACUGUUGUUUUCACGACUGAUGGCACCAAUGAAGCACAAGGGUUUCUUUUGAAAUACAAGCAAAAAUCUGGUUCCAUACCAACCACAUGUGGAGGAUCGCUGACGGCGAUUGGUAAAAACAAGUAUCUGGGGUCCCCAGGAUACCCCAAAGAAAAUUUGGGGGCAUCAUCAUGCAGUUGGACUAUUACAGCAGACAAUGAAGCAUUUGUCCAAAUCAACCUUCUUGAUUUAGAUGUAGAGUUUGGCGGCGACAAUCUACCGGACACUCUCAAGAUAUAUAACGGAGCUUCUACUGCAAGUCCUCUUCUUGCAACAUGGCGUGGCCAAAUGAACGGUUACUGUUUACAAAGCUCUGGAAAUGUGAUGCAUAUUGUCUACCGAACUGAUGACUCCAACAACGGAAGAGGUUUCAACAUCAGCUACAGACAACCUUCAGACGUAAACGAUGGAGACUGCUUAAGCUAUGAUUUAGACGCUGCGUCUACUUAUUCCUACAUCACAUCGCCGAGAAACCCGCUUUCUUACCCGGGCAAUUCUGACCGCCCAACAUACCAUCUUUCCACUAACCAUCCCUAUCGAAUCAAACUCGAGGUACUGGUAUCAGAUCUCCCCGAAGCAGUAAAUGGCGAAUGUACACGAGACUACGUAACAGUGUAUGACGGGUUUCAAGCAACCUCGAUGCCACUAAAGUCCAUUAAUACCCAGAAAUCCCAGUUCUGUGGUAAGGAUGUGCCGACGUUUGUUAGCACCAGCUACGUGAUGUUAGUUGUAUUUCACACAGCAGCGACACCAACAAACACUGGCUUUCAGAUGAGAUACAAGAAAGGGCACUUUACCGACGAAUAUGUGCCUCCAUGUGGUGGGUCUCUGACUGCUACGGAUGCUGCCAAAAACGUUACAUCUCCAAACUACCCAAACAGUUACGACGGGGAAAUCCGUUGUCCUUGGACCAUAACAGCGUCAGAUAGCACCAAAAAUGUACGCCUCACUGGGACUGACUUUCAACUGCAUGCCACCCUCGAUGUUCAAUGUCAAUACCAGCCUAGUAAUCUGAGAAUUAGUGACGGAACAACUGAUGAGUCACCCAGUGCGUGGGAAUGUGGAAACCAGACCCUGAUACAACGUCAGAGUACAAGACACGUCAUGACGCUAUUGUUAAGGGCCGAUAGUACUUCAAGGUUCAGAGGAUUCAAUCUGCAAUACUUCCAAACAAGAGAACCACUGCCUUGUGAUUUUACAAUCGGCAUCACAGACAUAACCAGAUCCGGCAAAAUCGUAUUUCCAGGGAAUGUGGAGGGCUCCACUCAGAGCCGUUCCUGUUCGUGGUUGUUGAGAAGGGAGAAUGUCACGAAGGUGCUUGACAUACGUGUUAGAAAGGCUGACAUAAUUGCAUCAUCCAGCUGUACAGAUGACCAAAUAAUGGUUUAUGAUGGUAAUUCUAGAUCAAGUCCCCUCAUUUGGCGUUUUUGUGGUAUCGGCUUGCCAAGUUUUAGGAUGUCGGGAAGAGAUGUCCUCAUCACAUUCGUGGCUACAUCACAGCCGGUUACACGUACUUUUGAACUCUCGUAUCGAGAAGAUGACCUCUCUUUCUGGACUCGUAAGACCGCAUAUGCUGUGAGGAAGGAAAGCACCCUUACCUCUCCAAACUACCCAUUGAACUAUCAACGGAAAGCGGAAUAUUCCUGGGAUCUAUACACAGUCGACACUGGUAAAAACAUUGUCAUAAAAGUGGUGACGUCAGAUAUUGAGAUGUCAGAAGGUUGCGUCAACGACAGAGUUCAGGUGCAUGACGGUGCCUCUAAGAACGCCAAACUUCUUGGAAAGUGGUGUGGAACCGACACACCGACAUAUCGAAGUUCAAGGCAACACAUUGGCAUCUAUUUAAUCAGCAACGACAACGAAAUCGCCGGCAAAGGAUUCGAAAUCCAAUACUUUACACAUGAAAAAGAAGAUGACUCAAAUGUUGGAGCAAUCGUUGGAGGAGUGAUUGGUGCUUUGUUGGCUGUUUGCCUGAUUGGAGCUAUUGCAUUCAUCAUAAUUAAAAAGCCCUUUUCAAGAGGAGUCAGAAGGAACCCCAAAGCAUCUUAUGGUGUAAAAUGAAAUGAGUUUAUAGCGUUAAUCGCGAAAAAAUGUCAAGGCAUGUGAAAUCAUUUAGAUAUUUUACCUAUGAGCGCAACAUAAGAAGUUAUUAAAUAACAACAUAUAUGUUAUAUGUUCGUGAAAUACAAAAAUAUGUCCAUAUACAUAAAAAUAGUAACUAUCUUGUCCCAAUCAUUACAUGACUAAACAUUCUUCUGCUGUCCAUGAUCGAAUGACAUCCCCUGGUGCCAAUGAUGGGGUCGAUGAAUAAUUGUACAUAAUUUGCUUGGAUGGUUAUUUUUCCAUUCACAUGUAUAUAUUAGUAUAACAGUAUGGAAUCAAAGAUUGGGUUUAAUCAUUUCUUUUCAAUCUGGUUAGUUGGUUUGUUUGUUGUUUAACGCCGCACUCAGCAAUAUUCCAGCUAUAUGACGGCGGACUGUAAAUAAUCGAGUCUGGACCAGACAAUCCAGUGAUUGACAUCAUGAGCAUCGAUCCACGUAAUUGGGAUCGAUGACGUGCAUCAACCAAAUCAUUGAGCCUGACCACCUGAUCCUGUUAGUCACCUCUCUCAAAGUUGAAAUUGUUAAAUAGCUGUAUUAUGAAGUUAAGGGAUAUGGAAGCUCUGUAUAUAAUAAAACUCAUUUAAAUAUAUAACUGAAGUCGAUGUAGAUAAUUUUCGAAAUGAAGUGAGUAAGCGAAGUAAAUAGUCGAGUCUGGGCCAGGCAAGCUUGUGUUGGAUAACAUGAUCAGUGAUCCAAUAUGUCAAAUUUGUCUGUUAGUUGAUGCAGAACAUAUUGUAUUCAGAUGCUGACAGCAACGUAUCUUAAAUAGCAAUUCUUUUUCGCAUUUCAUACUGUUAAUUAUAUAUCCAUGUGAACUACGGCGUCGUUGCACUAUUCCAUGUAAACCGCCGGCCAAGAGAAAGUAUGCACCCAUUUUUAAUGGUGGCUUAACAAGAAAUGGUUAUUCAAUGGUGAUGUACAUGUAUUUAAUACGGAUGUCAAAGUUGUGUUUUGGACCUUACGUUUGCAGUGUAUCGGGCGACUGUUUUCAGCCUAGUAACAUUUUGAUAACGUUUGUAAUUUUGGUCAAAACAAAUUUUCAAGUGUAUACUUUCUUUUGCCCGUCAGUUUAGCUGCAACGUUCAUUGUAUAUUUCCAUUUGCUGACUGGAAAUGCGACGAAUGACCUUAUAUGAUCAUGAAUGCCCUUUCUCAUGCAACAUACAUUGUAACCAAAUGAUAUUGCAACAGCUGAUCUUCAGACAUCCGUUUGCAUAUAUAUAUGUCAAGGGAUUACCUUGUUUUUAUGAUCAUUUUUACGUGUUUGAAUGUAUAUUUACAUAUUAUAAGUGAUUUAAAUAACACCAUGCCAUAUUUUUUAUUUGCAAUUGUGUUGUACACAUGCCAUGCUUUUAUGAUAAAUAUUUAAUGUCAAUAUAGUAUUUAGUAGUUUAUGCAACAAUAACAUUCCUACUGCAUCUAUACUUUCGUAUUUGCCAUAUUAUCUUUCUUACUUUCAACCACAUGUGUCACAUAGAGUUACGUCCCUUCUUUACCUCAUUCCGUCGGGUCUUUACCUCAUUCCGUCGGGCACUAAACUUGUUUGUUUAUACAUUGCAGCUAGAGUUUCUUUUUUUUAUUUACCUUCAUGCCACAUGCAACAUGUACAUUACAAUUCACUAUGGCCUAAUAUUUCUUGGAUUCCUGUCUCUAUUAAUAAAUGCUUACACUGGAACAUUGUCCCAUAAUGCACAGCAUUUCCGCCCAGCCUCGUCUUCACAUUCCAUUGUUGUUUCACAUCGCCAUCUUGUCUAUACGUACGCUGCUAACACUUGAAAAAACCGUGACACAUGACUGAACAUUUUCUCGGUGAUCGUUAUCAGGCCAUCAAUCUAACUGCCCCACAGCUGACGCAAGCUGUCGGACGUACCAGCUAGUGCAUUCCGGCUACGAGCGAAGUCUGCUUAGUCUGCAUGACCUCGUUUUUUAGGUCACCAUGGAAGGGUCGUCAGGUCGGAGAGGCAAAACCCGCUCAACACGAAACAGCAGACAGAGGAAUGCGCCUACACAUCAAGACCGACAGGUCGACGUUUGGGAUACCGACCGACCAGAAAACUGGACAGCUGCCCAGUUGAAGGAUAAAUUGAAAGAACUUAGAGUAUGUGUUCCUGACAACAUGACUAAAAAGUUACUGUUACAAAUGUAUGUGCUCAACCAGCCAAAUCCAAGUGAUAGCCAAACACGAACCCCUCCACAACAACGAAUCCCGCAACGUGUAAGCAGACGACAACCAACAGCUACCAUUUCCAGAGCAGAAUCUGAUAACCAACAGGGGGAAGGAGGUGUGACUCCACAACGCAUAUCAGGAGAUACUCAGCAUGCUGACCUGAGUCUCAACAACUCGGACUAUGUGGUACACUCCAUGCCAACGCCUGGGACUUCUUCCAACAUUACCCCGCCUAACAGCCUACAUGAUGGCCCUAACUACACGAUCAGUGAGGUAGUCAAUGAGAUGAGACAACUCAGACAGAUGGUACAGAGCCUACAACCUUCUCCACCAGGUAAUAAUAUACCCGCAUCGGCUAGCAAUCCACCUGAUUUCUACAGAAACUCGAAUGCUCCGAUACAGGGCCAGCCUGUAGCAUCAGACACUUUACCCCACAUUGACAGUGUCAGCCCAGCCCUACGACGUCAAAUUGUGGAAGGUAAAGCCAUUAACCUAGCCUUGCUCCUGCGACCAUCGGCCGAAACAGGAGAAUAUCGAACUACACAAAUUGCAAGUGCAACAGGCGAGGACGACAGUGUGUCUAUUAGAGACGACCUACGACACAGGAGUCUAUCCUUAGGUGAAUUUAUUAAGGCUUUUGGAAUUUAUAAAGCAAUCUUCUGUGAAGCCUAUCCUCAACGCAGAGAAGAAAUGGACAGGUAUGAGAGAUUACUAGUUGACAUGGCAUCACACUAUCGAGGAACUCUCUUCUACGAGUAUCAUAGAAUGUUCGCAGCUAGAUCAGCAGCCUAUGUGUGCAAAGGUACUAUCAUCGACUGGAGUAUCUUGGACACUCGAAUUUACACCACUGUUACUUCAGGGCGUCGCACAAGGGCAUGUGGUAUAUGCCAUAGUUUGUCUCAUUCUACUGACACUUGCUUCAUGGCCGUUUCUCGUCCAGCAGAACGUGGACAAAGGUACACUCCUUACCAAUCAGAUCGUCCUAGAUACCAUAGAGAUCCGAACACCGAUUCCCAUGGCAGAAAUAGAGUGGUUUACAACGGUGUCGAGGUCUGCAACAAUUACAACGACCGAGGCUGUAGCCGAGACCCGUGCCUUUUUGCCCACCAGUGUAUCAUCUGUCGCCAAAGAGGACAUGGCAAACAAGAGUGUCCCAGAGACAAGGAGAGCCGGAAAAAACGUGACACAUGACUAUCACCAUCCACACCCAUUGACACCUGUAGAUUGGCAACAGACCUAACAGGCCAUCAGGACAAACAGUUUGUUCACUCUCUAAUCACCGGACUGACAGAGGGGUUCAAUCCUCUAUUUGACCCUGUACCUCGCACCUCCUUCGAAUGUGUUAACAAAUUUAGUGCCAGAAAACAACCGGACAUCGUCACAGAUCUAAUCGCAAAAGAGGUGGAUAAGGGGUAUGUUACCGGGCCAUGGUCUAAACCACCCUUUUCCUUGUUUAGAGUCAGCCCCCUUGGUGUAGCUGAGGGGAAAUAUAGCAAGAAGCAAAGACUUAUAUUGGAUUUGUCAGCUCCACAUAAUGCAGAACAGCCUAGCAUCAACCAAUUAAUAGACAAAGAUUCAUGUUCUUUAACAUAUGUGACUAUUGACCACGCCAUAAAUAUCAUCAAGAAAUGUGGACAAGGUGCAUGGUUAUGCAAAGUGGACAUUUCCGAUGCCUUCAAACAAAUCCCAAUCAAUCAAGACUUUUGGAAGUUUUUCGGCUUCAAAUGGAAGAAAAAAUACUACUUUUACACAAGAUUAGCAUUCGGUUGUAGGUCCAGUCCUUGCCUAUUCGAUAUGUUAUCUACAGCGUUAGCUUGGAUAGCUGAACACAAAUAUGGCAUCAAACACAUACUGUGGCUGUUGGAUGAUUUCUUAACCAUAGACCCUGUGGACUUUGAGGCAGAGCGUACCAUGGCACUAUUGUCACUUCUGUUCAACAGUCUGAAGGUACCGCUGGCUACGCACAAAACGGUCGGCCCUGUCCACGAACUGGAGUAUCUCGGCAUCAUUUUGGAUACGGUGAGAAUGGAGGCUCGAUUACCCGUCAACAACAUACACCGCAUAUGUGAAUUUAUCACAGGAUUCUUGAAAAAAUCUGCUUGCAAAAAACGAGAACUGCUUUCGUUAUUGGGACACCUAAAUUUUGCAUGCAAAGUGAUAGUGCCAGGACGCUCUUUCGUGGCUUUCUUGAUUCAACAAUCAAAGAAGGCAUCUGAGCUACAUCUAACAUCUACGCUGCUAACACUUGAAAACCCACCCACCUCCCUUACAACUUUACACUUUUGCUACACAUGGCUCAUGUACCAGACGCCGACAGCAAUCAAACCUUACAACUCUCAUUUUCCCUCUAUGCAUCUACUACUUGCCAUCCUCCUCCAUCCAACUUUCAACUACUUAAUUUGGGCACUCAUGGCAGCAGCCAGCACCAUCCAUCUUAUUGAUUAAUCAUUUCACAUUUUUCUUGUAACUACCUUUUACUUCGGGACUGUAUGCAGAUAUGGGCCUCAAAACAUUCUCCCCUGGAGAAACUGUUUUGGCCCCCCAAAAUUCACAAGUACCCGGCGCGCUACAGGGUAACCCUAGGACACAGUCCGGCGCGUUACCACUUGGCCCCAGGGUACCAUCUCACUUUUCCUGCAUACAGCCCCCCAUGUAUGCCAAACUCGUAUAUAUGUACAUCUUAAUAAAUCAUAAUUAUUUUA